ACCAGUUGCUGUUUCUUGAUGGAGACUGUUGCUUGUUUUGUCUGCCUCUGGAGGCUACAAUGGAUAUUACAAGAGGAAGUCUGUAUGGAAUUUCAAGACCAGCAUCUAACUCAAGAAAUAAUCAUGGAAGCAAAAUUUUAAGUUCAUCUCUAGAGAUUUUAACGCCAGAAUCAGACCAGACUAAGGUUGAUUUUUGCAAUAAUCACAUAGGGGAGAACUCAAAAGAAAAUUAUGAUAAAAAUGGGGAAGAAUAUGAAACUCAACCAAUGAGUUUCUCAGAACAAAUAUCUGAAGAAAAAACUUGUGAUUUUCAACUGGUGGGACAGCAUACAAAUCAGGUGGCAGAAUAUUCUUCAGUAGAUUCUGAAGAUGACUUUGCUGAAAAUAAACUCUCUUGUAGCAGUGCUUCUCAGAAUAAGCCAUCUGAGCCACAAAGAGUGACAUCCAGGUCUGCAAACCUGGAUGAUUCUAAGGAGAAAGGUGUAGAUCUUCUCAUCCUGAAAGCAAUAAAGAAGAUGAAAAGGUUGGACCAGAUAUUGGCAAAUAAACAAUCCAAGGAAAGAGCAGUCAAAAAGCAAGGCAGAGAAUUGAGAGCAAAACUAUGGGAAGAAUUUCAGUCUAUGACAUCCCGAAGUUCUUCAAUAAUUACUGAAGAGGAAGAAAACACUAGCAGAUUUUUAGCUUUGAACUCACCAUUAUCUGGAACUCUUGAUCUUUCUGCUUGCGAAGAUAAUGGAACGUUUAACAUAUUUAAAACUCAGCUUCCUCCAGAAAAUUAUGAGACGAAUGAAAGACAAACAAAGCGAGGUGAUUCAGCUGAUAGUUCAAGAAGUUCAGUGAAGAAAAUGGAAAACAACUGCCCAAAGAGUACAGCAAACUUUAAAAAAAAACCAAACUUUGUUAAAAAGAACAUAGAGCUGGCCAAAGAUUCAUCAAGUGAAGUUAUGCUAGAAGAAGAGAAACAGAGACUAUCUGAAUUGCUGAAAGAUACAGAAAAUGAUAGUAAUAAAUUUCAAGUUGAAGCUGAGGAAGAAACAAUUGGAAAAUUUGUACCAGGUGAAGGAUAUACACCCGAACCAAUGGAAUAUCAUCAUCUUGCAGAAAUUGAUGCUAAACUCAAAAUAAUAAUAUCUGAUGGAGAUUUGUCUGUAUUUCAGGGCUCCUGUUCAAAAGCCUCCAGUAAAAUUUAUGAGGAAUCCUUGGCUUAUGCAAAUAGAAAGUUGAACAUUCCAGGUGAAAAGAUCUUAAGAGACACUAAAGAAGAACGUGAUCAACAAAACAGACUUAAAGAAAUCAACCAACAACUUAAAAUCCUAGAGGAAACUCCAGAUGUACCUCCUUGCCUCUCAGAAGAGCAACUUAAUGCCCUUCUGGAAGACUGUAUGCAAAGCCUAAGAAGAGGAUGUGAUCUUAAUCUGAUCAGAUGUCAGGAAAAUUCUGUUGAGAAGAUGAGCCCUUGUGACAUCUUUGAAGAGAACAUGCCAGACUCUAGGAAUGAAGUGUUAGAUGAUAUUCAACUACCAGCAAAUGAGGAAAUGCUUGGAGACGAGUAUAAAUAUAUAUUUUCAAAGGAAAAAAUAGACUCCUGCUGUAAUCCCAGCAAGAUGUUUUUCGAAUUUCCCAUGUCGGAGAAAAAGGGAAAUGAAGAAGACCAAGAGGAGGCACCAGACACUGCUAAUGGCACUGAAGAUUUCUUCAUGUCAAAGGUUCUCAGUAUAGACAAGAUGAAAAAGCCUCUUUUUCUUGAUGAAACUUUUUAUUGUGUCAGCAUGAACAAUGAACUUUCCACAGAUGCCAGCAUUCCUAGCAUACCACUAAAAACCAGAGGAGAUGAGCUGAAAGAUGAAGAUGUGAAUGAAGAGUGAUGUUCUUCCAACCUGAUGUUCUUGAACAUAAUCCAAGAGUGAUGUUCUUCCAAAUUGGUAAAAUUUACUUCAUUUAAUUCUUUGUGUAUUGUUUCAGGAAAAUUUGUCUCAUAAUUAAUAUUUUUGUCUCAUUUUCAUGUUUCAAUAGGACUUCUAAAUAAAGAUCUCCUGAUUAACUUCUUUCUGGGGAUGACUUAUGUACAUGCAAAAGUUUUACAGAUCUAAAACUAUUAAGCUCCUCUAUCUGCACAUAUAUAUUUCAGUUAUAUCAAUAUUUAUAUUGUUCAGCAAAUUUAUGUAAGUGAUAAUAGCACUUUCCUAACCAUAAGCUAUAUUUAAAUAUUAAUAGAAUUAUUUUUAUGCUUGUUAUAUACAUUAUGCCCUCAUAUUAAGGGCUCAUA